ACCGUUACUCCUCUGACUUCCGGCGCUUGUUGGACUGUCUCUUCGAAUCGAGCUUGUGGAUUGUGGUGUUUAAAUGGCAGAAAUAGUGAAAGCGAAGUUGCGCUGUUCGUCCAGAAGAACUCUCUAGAGUGAUCUCCAGGAUUCAGUUCUCUUCUCUGUACUAUGUUCAAAAAGAUGAGUGAAUUUGGUCCAGAUUCCGGGGGGAGAGUGAAGGGAGUGACGAUCGUGAAACCCAUCGUGUUCGGGAACGUAGCCCGCUACUUCGGGAAGAAGAGGGAGGAAGACGGACACACGCACCAGUGGUCCGUGUACGUGAAGCCCUACAGGAACGAGGAUAUGUCGGCGUACGUGAAGAAGAUCCAGUUCAAGUUGCAUGAGAGCUAUGCUAACCCACUGAGAGUGGUGACGAAGCCUCCGUAUGAGAUCACAGAGACGGGCUGGGGCGAGUUUGAGAUUAUCAUCAAAAUCUUCUUCAUCGACCCCAACGAGAGAGCUGUGACUCUUUACCAUCUAUUGAAGCUGUUCCAGUCAGACUCCAGUGCCAUGCCCAAGAAGACGGUUGUCUCUGAGUUUUAUGAUGAAAUGAUCUUCCAGGAUCCUACAGCCAUGAUGCAGCAGCUCCUGACCACAUCAAGACAACUGACACUGGGAGCAUACAAGCAUGAGACCGAGUUCAGUGAGCUGGAGCAGAAGACCAAGGAGAAGAUGGAGACGGCAAAGAAACGCACCAGUCAGGAGAUCGCCGAGCUGAAAGACAAACUAAAAGCCAGCAGAGAAAACAUCAACAGUCUGAAGUCGGAGAUCAGGAAACUGGAGGAGGACGGAGACCACAAGGAGCACUGACAAAAUUCUACAAACGUGAACGAGGGCUCGUGGUUCCACCUGUAAUUUUAAAGAAAUUAUGCGUUGUUUUGAAAUUUUCUGAUUUGUUUAUUAUUAUUUACCAAAAAUCUUCUGUUUUGAAACAAGGCUUUGGUAUUCAAUGUGAAUAGUGGUGUGUUUUUUUACUGAACCUGUCA